UUCUCUAAUUCUUUCGGCAAGAUAUACUUGCUUGAAAAGGACUUAUUUGCUGCUUGUUGGCUACAAAUUAAUGGCAAGGUCUGCAUGCUGCGAGAAUAUGGGGUUGAAGAAAGGGCCAUGGACUCCGGAUGAAGACCAGAAGCUGUUAGCUUAUAUCGAAGAACAUGGCUUCGGAAACUGGCGUACCUUGCCUGAAAAAGCUGGGCUCCAAAGAUGUGGAAAGAGCUGUAGACUGAGGUGGAUCAAUUACUUAAGACCUGAUGUCAAGAGGGGAAAGUUCAGCUUACAGGAAGAACAAACCAUCAUUCAUCUCCAUGCUUUUCUUGGGAACAGGUGGUCGGCUAUAGCAGCUCACUUACCCAACCGAACAGACAAUGAGAUCAAAAACUACUGGAACACACAUAUUAAGAAAAGGUUUAGCAAGAUGGGGAUUGAUCCCACCACCCACAAGCCCAUAUCAAACCCCCCCAGCUCCACCAGUGGUGGCCACUCGCGAAACACUGGCACACUGAGCCACAUGGCUCAGUGGGAGAGGGCUCGUCUGGAAGCAGAAGCCAGGCUGGUCAGAGAGUCAAAACUAGUAUCGAAACCUUCCCCAAAUAAUAAGCCAGGCUUCUCGGCUAGACCGAGGAGUACCAGAACCUCAUCAGCCCCUUCGACAAGAUCACAGUGCCUUGACGUACUCAAAGCAUGGCAAAGCGUAGUUGCUGGCAUGUUCGCCAUCACCAAUAACAACCUUGACCCUCCACCGUCAACAACAUUCUUGGACAACUCGAUCCCUGUAAGCACAACAAACGAGCUUGAUCUAGCAGCUGCUGGCUCUACAUGCAUGGAAGGAAUAAUUGCUGAAGAUGAUCAGCUGAUGUUGGACGACAGGUCAAACCAAGUACCCGAAUUAAAUGAAAAAUUCGAUACCUCCAUGGCUUUGCAUGAUUCAACGUAUCAUUGGACUGCUGAUUCAGGAAAUACCAUUGAAGAUUUUUGGGACAUCUCGGUGCAUGAUUUUGGUUACCCAAUGGAUUGAACAAAAAUCAAACAUUUAUUAUG